GUCCGUCAUAGUAGAAUCGGGAAUCGGCGCAUUGGAUUGGUGGGCGCCAAUUUAAGUUUGAGGUUAUAAUAUAACUUUUAAUAUUGAGAAAAUAUAUUUGUUUGCAAAAGUAUGAGUGACUUAACGAAAUGACUUCUAUCGCAGUGAACAAAAACAUCAUAGCUAUUGCAAGACAUUUACACAUUGACUGCUACGAUUAUUCUAACCACAAAAUUAUUGAUGUGGAAUCUCAAGAUGCCAACGAUAGUAUUUCUGAUAUUGUUAUUGCCUCCAAUUGUGAAUACAUAGCAAUAAUAACUUCGACGUCGAAGCAGCUUAUCAUAUACAAUUGGCCAACAGUCACGACAAAACGAAAGUAUGUCUUACCCAGAAGUGCAAGCAAAAUAAGAUUUUCUCCUCGAAGUGACCACAUAUUUGUCGCCGAUAAAACUGGUGAUGUUUUAAAAUACGACAUUUCAAAGGAAAGUGAUGGAAUUAAGCUAUUGGGCCAUUUAAGUUUAUUACUUAAUGUCUUACAAACAAGUGAUAGCAAAUUUAUUAUUUCUUCAGAUAGAGAUGAAAAAAUAAGAGUAUCAUGCUAUCCUAAUACUUAUAAUAUUCAUACAUAUUGUUUGGGUCAUACAGAAUUUGUCAACCAUUUGGAAUUUCUACCUCAUGACAAUAAAUAUCUGACAAGUACAUCCGGUGAUGGCACUAUCAGAUGUUGGGAUUAUGUAACUGGUAAAAUGCACCAUAGCAUUGAUACAUUCCUUGACAUAAAUGAUGAAACUCUAAAAAGUGAUUUUGCAAAAGUUAUGAUUGAAGAAGGCAUAGAAGUUAAAAGUUUACCCAUAGUCCAUUAUGCUAUCACUAAAAUAGAUGAAUCAUGUAGCAUUUUAGCAAUAGCAGUUUAUAACUUUAAUAAAAUACUUGUUUACAGUUUGAAUACUGAUAAUAAAAGUUUAAAGCAUAGAUUAUUAGAAAAAAUAGAUGUUGAACAACUUCCUUCAUCUCUGGCUUUGUAUGGCUCAUCCUUAUUUGUUUAUUUUGAUGUUAAAGGCAUUGUUCUAAUUUAUACAAUUAAAUAUGAAAAUACAAAUAUAUCGCUAGAACUGGACAAAACUGUUCAAAUGUUUGUAAAUGAUCAAAGUAAUGGAAUAUUAAAUUUAGAAAACAAGCACCCUAUUAAAUUAUUAUACAAAAGGAAGUUUGACAAUGUCCAGGAGUAUCAAGAAAGAAAAAAACAAAGAUUGGGAAAAGUGUGACUGUUAUAUUGAACUAUACAACAUAUAUAUC